GCCAGAAUUCCCCCCAAAAAAUCUAAAUUUUUCUAUGAUUUUAGAAUGUCGACUUCAACGCUGCCUUUCUCAGUGACAUUUGUAGCGGGAGCGGCAGCAGGAAUUUCAGAGAUAUUUUUAAUGUAUCCUUUAGAUGUGGUGAAAACGCGAUUUCAAUUGAAUGUGGGAAAGGCGGAAUAUCAAGGAAUGACGAAUUAUUUAAUAUCUAUUAUUAAAAAAGAAGGGAUUUUCCGAUUAUAUCGAGGGAUUUUACCGCCUAUUUUAAUGGAAGCACCGAAAAGAGCGACAAAAUUUGCGGCAAAUGAGCAUUGGGGAAUAUUCUAUCGUAAUCUUUUUGGAAGGGAAAAAAUGAACCAAAGUUUAAGUUUAAUAACGGGUGCAACAGCAGGAGCUACGGAAUCGUUUAUCGUUGUUCCUUUUGAGCUUAUUAAAAUUCGGCUUCAGGAUAAAGCAAAUAUAUCAAAGUACAAAGGUGCUCUUGAUUGUUUAAUAAAGAUUUCACGGGAUGAAGGAUUUUUUGCGCUUUAUAAUGGAUUAGAAGCAACGAUGUUUCGACAUAUUACAUGGAAUGCAGGAUAUUUUAGUGUGAUUUUUUCUGUUCGAGAGAAACUUAAUCAAUCGGAUUGGCAAAUGGAUGAACGAUUUAAAAAUUUUUUGGCAGGUACGCUGGGCGGUAUUUCUGGAACAUUGUUAAAUACACCUUUUGACGUGGUAAAAUCUCGAAUACAAAAUACACCAAAAUUAUUAGGUCAAAAACUUAAAUACAAUUGGGCUAUUCCUUCUUUAUGGACUAUUUAUAAAGAAGAAGGUUUCUUUGCAUUAUAUAAAGGAUUUUUACCAAAAGUUGUUCGUUUAGGUCCUGGUGGAGGUAUUCUUUUACUUGUUUUUGAUCAAAUUAUUCAAUUUUAUAAAAAGAAUUUUGCUGAAAUAUAAUAUAACUCUGAGUGUAACCGGA